AUGGGCGCUUCUCAGUCUACAUCGCAAGGAAAUCCAGGGCCCAGCUCAACCACCACUAAAACAUGCUAUUACGAGCUUAUCGGUGUUGACCGCGACGCGAGCGAGACCGACAUCAAAAAAGCCUACCGAAAAAGAGCACUGGAGCUUCAUCCAGACAGAAACUUGGGAGAUGUGGCUGCUGCAACUCAUAAAUUUGCCGAACUGCAGUCCGCAUACGAUAUAUUAUCGGAUUCUCACGAGAGAUCAUGGUACGAUGCCCAUCGGGAUGCUAUUCUCAUUGGACAAGACAUCACUGGUGAUGGAGCGGAGCCGACCUCGAUCAGAAAUGUUCGCAUCACGUCAGCCGAGGAAAUCAUGAGCCUCAUACGGAAAUUCAAUUCGAGUAUCCCAUUUAACGAUGACCCCAUUGGAUUUUUCAGUAUUGCCAGAGAGACAUUUGAGCAUUUGGCUUUAGAAGAAGAGGUCGCCGCAGCACAAGAAAACGUCGAUGCGAUCGAUUACGCUUCUUUUGGCCAGUCAGAAGAUACUUACGAGGAGGUUGUAAAACCAUUCUACGCCUCUUGGGCAGGUUUCGCGACCAAAAAGACGUUUUCGUGGAAGGACAAGUAUCGAUUGUCGGAUGCCCCGGAGAGGCAAGUUCGGCGAUUGAUGGAUAAGGAGAAUAAGAGAUUACGCGAGGAUGGGGCACGGGAGUUCAACGAUGCUGUGAGAUUCCUUGUGGCAUUUGUCAGGAAAAGAGACCCGCGUUAUAUCCCCAAUCUUCAAACGGAAGCACAACGGCAAGAAGCCUCCCGUGUGGCCGCCGCGGCGCAAGCAGCAAGAUCUCGCGCCGCGAAUAUAGAGCGCAUGGCAGACUAUGAGUUGCCAAAUUGGGCCACGUCUCGAGACACCCAUUCAGAUGGAGGGGAAUUCUCCUCAUCAGAAGUUGAGUCGGAGGUGGAAAUACUGGAGUGUGUGGUCUGUGACAAGAAUUUCAAAAGCGAAAAGCAACUCCAGGCUCAUGAGCGUAGUAAGAAGCAUUCGAAAGCCGUGCAGCUGCUACGAUGGCAGAUGAGGAAAGAAGGUGUUGAGUUACAGUUGAAUGAUGACCCAGCGUGGGCCGAAGGACAUGGCCAUGCAGCUGCUUUGCGCGACAAAAGAUAUUCACCCAAUCCAGACCAUGCAAAGCAAGAACUUCCACUCUCUUCAGUCUCGAUUCAGGCUGAUAGUGAGUUCGAUAAGGAUCCAGCCCUCUCAGCUGGCCAUUCGGAUGGGGACGAUGACUACGCGCCAAGAGACACCCUCAUAAAUCGGAUGGUAAACGGCCAGCUAAGUGCCACCGACACCCCUACUCAGCCGCUCGGGAAUAGCGUCGACGAGUUAUCGACCACUGCUUCUUCUAUGACCAUUGAUCCGGGGAACGGCACGAGGAAAGUCGGCAAAGCUAGGGCGAAAAGAGAACGGAAGGCCAAGGCCUCACAGCACGGCGAGGGUUCCAAAGUAUGUACGAUACCGCGCCUUACAGAUUGGGUCAAUACUGACUGA